AGAAGAGCCGCGUCAGGGUAGCCAAUAGGCAGCAGCUUUAGUCUCUGUGUAAAGUGAAAGUAGGUGGAUAGAAACGAAGAAAAAAGAAACCGCACACGGAAGGCUCAGACUUUUUUCUCAUGUGGUAAAGAGCUGGCGUCAAAAACAGUGCUUGCACACUAUGGCGAUGUGGGAGCAAAUGACCUGCAAGUUACAGUACCUGCCAACUUGUACGCUGAAUGAACUCUAUCCAGACACAUUCCCACUGGACAUCAGGCACUACUUGGCCCAAUGGAUAGAGGACCAGGACUGGGAGAAAUUUGAUGUAGACGAAAUUAAUCAGGAGCCUCAGGCUCGAAGACUGUUGGAUAAUAUGAUGCUCAUGCUGCAGGAUUUGUCCACACGCAACCCUAAUAUUUUGGAGAAGGUCAAACUUCAGCACAUCAGCAGAAAGUUGUGCGUGUUUCAGCAACAACCCAUGCAAUUUGUGAGAACAGUACGAGAUAUUCUGAGGAAAGAAAGACAAAUAUUAGGACUGAAAGAUAUGCCCAGCUUCACACCCUACCAGCCCAUGCUUGCAAGUCCUCCAGCUGCCAUUGGCACCCCACUCCCUUCAAGGGAGGAAUGUAACACUGAUGUGGACAAUCUAGUGCUCAAAGUUUUUGAAAUUCAGAACUGCCGUCAAAAUCUUCAUCAGCUACAAGAGGAUUUGAACUGGGAAAAUCAGGAGCUUAAGUCUGUGUCAGGACCAAAUGAAUUUGAUCCACAAUGUCCAGAUCAAUUCACUAGAAAAAAUCGUAUACAGCAACUUGAGUACAACUAUUCAGUUUGUGCAAAGAAGCGUGUAAAGCUACUUCAGGAGGCCUUGUGUGCUCUGGAGCAGUGCCAAUCCUGUCUGAUUCACAGGAUUAUGUCCUGGAGGUGGGAGCAGCACCGAGCAACCAUUGGCUUGCAAUUUGAUGAAAACCUUGGUCCUAUGCAGACAUGGUGUGAGCAGUUGCUCGGGGUGAAUGGUAAUCUCAGCCAGGAGCUCAUGUUGCUGAAGAAGGACCAUGGAGAUGUUGAACAGUUUCACAAGCUGAAAGACAUUCUGGACGGUCUUCUCCAGACUCUCAUUCAGAGUUCAUUGGUGGUAGAUAAGCAGCCACCCCAGGUGAUUAAAACCCAAUCCAAGUUCUCCGCCACUGUGCGCUAUCUGCUGGGAGAGAAGAUGGCUCCGGGUAAACCCGUUUUGUUGAAGGCUCAGAUUAUUUCUGAAGCACAAGUGAGGAACUUGGGCCAACAAGGGGUCAUGCCCAAUGAAAAUGUUGGAGAACUACACAACAGCACAGCAAUCUUAGAACACAAUAAGGCCAGCAAGAGCACAUGUGCUACCUUUAGAAACAUGUCCAUAAAGAAGAUCAAACGAGCAGACAGGAAGGGCUCUGAAUCAGUGACAGAGGAAAAGUUUGCUUUGCUGUUCACCACAGAAAUAACCAUCACAGGCUUUGAGAGCACUUAUAGCAUUCAGACAAUCACUCUUCCUGUGGUUAUAAUUGUACAUGGUAGUCAGGAAAUCAAUGCCAUGGCAACCAUUAUAUGGGACUGUGCUUUCUCAGAGCCUAACAGGAUACCAUUUGUUGUUCCGGAGCGAGUGCCAUGGAAGCAGAUGUGUGAUGCUCUCAGCACUAAGUUUAUGUCUGAGGUGCAGACACAGCGUGGCUUGGACAGCUAUAACCUUCACUUUCUCGCCCAGAAGAUCUUUGAUCAACAAGAUAUCUCUGAAGACUUCAGCAACAUGUCCGUGUCCUGGGCUCAGUUUAACAAGGAAGUUCUGCCUUGUCGAAACUUCACCUUCUGGCAGUGGUUUGAUGGGGUGAUGGAGCUUACAAAGAAAUGCCUAAAAGACUAUUGGAGUGAAGGAUUGAUCUUUGGCUUUAUUGGGAAGCAACACCUCCAUGUCAUCCUGAAGAACAAACCCACUGGCACAUUUCUUCUGCGCUUUAGUGAUUCAGAGAUUGGUGGAAUCACCAUCGCCUACGUAGAACCCAUUGAGAAUGGAGGCAGAAAAAUCCAGAAUAUCCAGCCUUUCACCAAGAAGGAUCUGGACUCAGCUGGCCUCGGUGACCGCAUAAGGGAUAUUAUCUGCAUCACUCAUGUGUAUCCAGACCUACCAAAGAAUGAUGUAUUUAAUAAAUUCUUUUCAGUGCCCACUCCCCCUCAUCGUGAUGGAUACUUGCCAUUUAAACUAACAACAGUAGUCAACCCGCCAAAUAAUCCCUCAGAUGACUUCAUGGAAAUGGAGGCACUGGAGAAUAUAUUUUGGUAAAAAUAUAUAAAAAGGACAUACAACCCAUUUAUUCCCAAAAGAAGUGUAUCUGUAGGAAAACAAUAGAUAAACUUGUAUUGACCAUGUUGAAGAGCAUAUCCAUAAAUCUCUGGUAAAUAAUUAGACAGUUUGCAGAGGGUAUCGUGUGCUAGGGAAUGAUUUCAUGGGUUGUGUUUGUCCCACCAGCAAAACACACUAAACUUAAUGCAGUUAAAAGGAUCAGUGUUUUUUUAAUGUAUUUUUUUUUUAUCAACUUGUAGAAAUUAUAUGAAAUGUCCUCCAUAUGCAGGUGCAGUUUUUUUUUCUUCAGAUAAGCAUAUAGUAUCUAAAUUGAAAAGUCAUUCCAGAAAAGUUUCAGUCUUAUGACUAGUCUUGAAAGCAGCAGCAGAAAUUAUAACUGGAAAAAAAAAACAUUUCCUGUUUCACUUGUCAAUCACAUGGUAGUAUUUUCCAUUGUAUCAAGAGAGACGGAAUAGAUUUAACUUACCAGACAACUUUGUCAUCUCUUUCUAAUGUGGAGUAAAACAUUUAGAAUCACAUUUUGUAAGUCCUGAAGUUUUUAUGCAGAAAACAGGGUUUCCAUGGUAGCCAUGGAAAUGAAAAAAAUCUUAAAGUCUUGGGAAUUCCUAUAGUGAAUAUAAAUCUUUUUAAUUAUGCUCUGCUCUAAAAUAUUUAAUUGGUUAGAAAUAGUUUUUGUGAGGACAGUCUCUAUAAAAAAUAUAUUAAAAUCAUUUUUUAAUCACAAACUCCUGGAAAAUACUAGGGCAGUCACUAGGGCAGGUUAACAGUAUUGAGUAAUGCCGAAACUUUUUUGAUUUUUUUAGGGAGCACACACUCCUAUUUGGAUUAAUUUCAAAGGUGAGCUGAUAUGAAUAGCAUCACUGCAGCCUUUUAGACCUGUUCUUUUUAAGAGCUGUGUUUUUAUAAAACUGCAAAGAGUAACUUCCCAUGAUUCGCUGUAUUAUGAUACGAUACUACUUAAUUUAUCCCCGGAGGGAAAUUAAGGCAUUACAGCAGCAGAGACAUAGAUACCACAAAACAGAACAAUAGCAAUACAGUAAAUGCAACAUAAUACAAUAAUAAAUAUUAAAAUGUUUUAGGCCAUGUUUCCAUAUAAACUCUGUUCAUCUGACAGUUUUUCAUUUGGCUAUUUUUUACUUUGGGUAUUGUUUUUGAUCACAUAUUUGCUAUUUAAUAUCAGUAUUCUUAUGAUGCUACAGUCAGGUUUUUACAUUGUCAUGUAUCAUCUGCUCAUUUAGUGGGACACCGAACUAUUAAUCCAUUUUAACAUUAAUGGUACUUCACAAUGACAAUCAUUGAUAAAUGCCUAUUUGGAAACCUAUGACAACCGUGUAAAAUAAAAAAAUAAAAAAAUUUUAUGCACAAAAUAACAUUAAGGUUGUAUGUCCAAAUGAUGAAUAAGUGUAGACCAAACACUGUCUCAGCAUAUUUUCUGUCUUAAUACUUUAAGUGGUCAACUUUCUUAAAAUUCAAAUGUAAUAUACAUAGUUUUGUUUCUUUUAAACUGUGAUUCUGCCAUCCAAAAAAUACUGUUCUAUAUGUUGUAAAAUAUAAAUAUUUCGUUUACUCAGUGGUUUGAAAAGCACAUUAUCAAAUGGGAUGUUUUUACAAAGGUGCCAACAGUAACUGUGGGUAUGAACUUUUGGAUAAAAAAAAAUCCUAAAGGGGAAUGUCACAAAUUAUUUGUGUAUGAAUUCAUAUUAAAACACAGUUUUUUCAUGUAUUCACAGUUUACCUGAGUGAUCAUUGAUUCUAAGUAUGUCCCUAAACUACAUAAAGGUUUAGUAAUGAAAAAUGUAAAAGUUGUAAAUGGGAGGUUUUCCCUUUUAUGUUGAUGUGACAAAAAUAUUAAAGCAAGUAUAUAUUAAUCUGGGUUUCUUUUUUCUUGUUUGUUAUUUAAGAAAUGUUCAUGUUUCAGAUUCAUGUUUUAUAUUCAUCUAAUAAAUAAAAAAUGCCACAGAGUGUCUUGCCUCAGUAUCAUAUGAUUCUGGUUUGACCAGAAUAAAUGAUUCUCAUUUUCCAUAAGUAAAAAGGCCAUUAAACAAAUGAGUGAUUAAAAAAAAAAAAAAAGAACAGUUUUUAGUAAGAUUCAAGCACUGUGGAAUUAUUGCACACUCCAAAACCCUUACACCCAAUAAAAAAAAAAUUCAGUAACUUGAAAUGAUCAUUUUUACUUUGCUAGCUUUACAGUUUAAAAGAAACCUUUACACUUUACAUAACACUUUGUGUACAAAAUUCUGAUUUUCAUGUAAACAAUGACGUUUCAGAAAGUCCAUUUAAUUAAAUGUCUUCAAGCAGUUAAGCAGAAUGCUUACAGCGCCACUGGAUCUGACUGAAUCAGUAAGGUUUGAUGAUCUUUCAACCAAAUCUCGUCUUCCCUCUCAUCAGUGAGGUCUUGGAUCAGAAGAGGCAAGUGAAUAAUUGGAAAGAGUGCAGGAAAUGGCAACAGAAGACCUGGGAUUGCCUUUUCAUUCUAUCAGAUCCAAAAGCUACAAGAAUAUCAAUGUGCAUUUACCACCCAAUACAACACACGCUACAGUAAUCCAGACAUUUUUGUCACUCAGCAGUCCUGUAACCUCAGACUGAGGAAGAGUUGACUUUGAUUUACCCUCGUUUUUAGUCAAAUGCCCUAAAGAUGAAAGAAAAACAGAAAUAUUCACCUCUACAGUGAAACAAGGAAAUGGUAAAUGUCACUGUAUAAUGUUGUUUUCUGAUUCACUUCUUCUCAAAUUAGUGAAGUUUUACAUUGCUCCACAAUGAACUACACAAAUAUUCUCUUGUCCUAAACAAAAUCUGAUUGCUUUUUCCUAACUUGCUAUUUACACACAAAAUAAUGCCAAACCCACUAAUCUAAACAGAAAAUCUUUGCAUGCAGAUUCAUUUAGCAGAAAACAAAAGAUUUAAUUCAAUGAAAAUGCCUGAAACAGUACAAAUUAAACAGCCUUGCACAAUAAUGUAAUCCCUAAUAUAUUUGGAGGUACUUGAAAAUGUCUAUGGGGGAAAAUAUGUAAAAGAUAAACGUAAAAGUUAGGAUCGAAUAAUAGACUUGUUUUGUGUAUUUGUUAGUUUUUUAUUUUUUAAAUGAAUGAUGGUGAGACUGUGUUUUUUUUAGAGAAACACAUCCUGGGCCAUUAGGCCACAGGUCAUCGAUACAACAGAUUGAAACAAACUCAAAUAGGGAUCCAAAUUCCCAAAGGAUUAAUGUCAGAUUUAGCUGUUAAUCAAUUCCUUCAUUUUGUGAAAUCGGAACAUCGCAUUUUUACAAUCACAUGGCGGAUGGUGGAAAUGGAAGAGCCAAGCUAGAAACUUUCGGGAAAACACACACACACACACACCACGCACAUGCGCGCACACGCACACACAAUUGAGUAAUGUAAAGUAGACUUUAAGUAGAAUGAAAAGUAAACUUGCAAAAUGCUAAUAAUAUAAUACACGUGUCAUGUUGCUGAAAUAUCAAAGAAAAUUAUAAAAAUGAAAAAAUGAGUAAUUUUUAAACCCUGUGAAACUGGAAAGUAUGCAAAGUCCACUUCUAGUGUAGUUCACUCAUAGUAGACUAGAAAUGACAAAGAAGCCCCUGGCAUAAACAGUGUUAGCCACCUGAUCAGCAGGCCCUAGCUCACUCCCUACACCUGCUGGUACAGAGUGCAGUCCACAGUUCCUCUUCUUACCCUCAUUCUUAGUCCUUCGGAAGGGGUUCCAGUGUCUUAAUUGCCUUUGGAAGCGUAUGUGUUUCCCCCUAAGGCUGAUGCAGUUGGUAUGUUGACAUUGUGUUGAGAUAAGGUGUGUGAAAUGAUUGCAC